AUGGCGUCGCGCGUCGCGCGCCGCAGCCUGCACAACUUGAGCAGCUACCGGCUCCCAUCAACCAUCGAAGAGAAGCUCUGCACGCCGGCGCUGAUCAUCUACGCCGAGCACGUGCGCUGGAACAUCGCGCGCGUCGUCGCGGCCUGCGGGUCGCCGACGCGCUGGCAGCCCCACAUCAAGACCGUCAAGUCGAGCUGGGCGCUCGACGCGCUCUGCGACGCCGGCGUGCGCCACUUCAAGUGCGCCACGAGCCGCGAGGCCGAGCUCCUCGGGUCGACGCUCGCCGCGCGCGACGGCGCCUUCGAGGUUUUGGUCGCGUUCCCGCACACGGGCCCGACGCUCGCGCGGCUGGGCCGGACGGCCGCGCGCUACGCGGCGAACGUCGCCUGGUCCGUGCUCGUCGAGGACGCGGCGGGCGCCGAGGGCGCGGUGGACGCGGGUCUGGGCGUCUACGUGGACGUGAACUGCGGCAUGGAUCGCACGGGGACCUCGCUCGACGGCGCCGGCGACGUGCUCGCGCGAGUACGCGCCGUGGCGGGAACCGACCUCGCGGGCAUCCACAUGUACGACGGCCACGCGGCGUCGCUCGGCGACACGGCGGACGCGCGGAACGCGGCGCUCUUCCCGCUCUACGACGACCUAUUGGCCCUCGACGGCGCGCUCGACCUCGUCACCGCGGGCACGCCCGCGCUGCUGCCGAGCCUCGCGCACGCGGGGCUCCGGGACUCGGGGCGGCACCGCGUCUCCGCGGGCACCGUCGUCCUCUCGGACACGCGCGCGGAGGCCCAGUGCCCCCUGGGGCUGCGACCGGCGGCGGUCGUCGCGUCGCGCGUCGUCAGCACGCCGCUCCCGCGCCGGUUCACGCUCGACGCCGGCGUCAAGGCCCUCGCCGCGGACGCGGGCCACCCCAUGUGCGCCGUGCUCGGACACGAGGGCUUCGAGCCGCUCAUCCCGUCCGAGGAGCACCUGCCCGUCGCCGUGCGCGAGCCGUCGGACCGGCCGACCAAGGGCGACGUCUUCUACCUCGUCCCCAAGCACGUCUGCCCGACGGUGAACCUGGCCGAGUCCGCGCUCCUCGUCGAGGAGGACGGCGCCUUCUCCGAGCUGCCCAUCGAGGCGCGCGCGCACCCGCUCUUCCUCGACGAGGGGCCCGUCGAGCGCGCGGCCCGCGUCGCCGCGUAA